AUGAUUAUCAUCCUAACUAUUCUCUAUUGGUCCUUGGCCGAGCCGACAGGGCACGGCCGAGACAACCUCUUUGGCCGAGCCGAUAGAGAACGGCCGAGACAACCUCUGGCCGAACCGACAGGGCACGACCGAGACAACCUCUCUGGUCGAACCGAUAGGAAGAGGGUUGAAUUCUCCAUGGUCUCACAGCAUUACGUGUAUUUAACAAGGAGCAGAACUCACUUCUCUGAGCACAAAACUGAACUUUCCUUUAAUUCCGUUCAUCCUCUCUAUUUCCACUAUUUUAUUCUCUCUUCAAUGGCAACCGAAAAGGUGGUAGUGAAAGAGCUUCUUCCACUUAUAAGAGUCUACAGCGAUGGUUCCGUGGACCGUCUCUUAAGUUCUCCAAACGUGCCACCCUCCCUUGAAGACCCCGAAACAGGAGUCUCAUCCAAAGACAUCGUCAUCGCAGACAACCCUUUUCUCUCUGCUCGCAUAUUCCUUCCAAAGUCCCACAAAAACUCCACCCACAAACUUCCCAUCUUCGUUUACUUCCACGGUGGCGCUUUCUGCGUUGAAUCUGCUUUUUCCUUUUACGUCCAUCGUUAUCUCAACAUCUUAGCCUCCGAAGCAAACAUAAUAGCCAUCUCCAUUGACUUCAGACUCCUCCCACACCACCCUCUUCCCGCGGCCUACCAAGAUGGCUGGACCGCGCUACAGUGGAUUGCUUCCCAUGCCGCCAACAGUGCCAGUGCCACCAACCCCGAGCCAUGGUUGGUCAACCACGCUGACUUCACCAAACUCUACGUAGGAGGUGACACCAACGGCGCUAACAUUGCACACAACUUGCUGAUACGUGCAGGCACAGAGACUCUGCAUGGAGAUCUCCAAAUAUUAGGUGGAUUACUCUGCUGUCCCUUCUUCUGGGGCUCCAAGCCCAUUGGGUCAGAGCCCGUUGAAGAGCACCACCAGAGUUUGGCCAUUAAGGUGUGGAGCUUCGUGUAUCCCGAUGCAGCUGGUGGAAUCGAUAACCCGAGUAUUAACCCUUGUGUUCCCGGGGCACCCUCUUUGGCCACACUUGGGUGCUCUAAGUUGCUUGUUACUAUUACUGGGAAGGACGAGUUUAGAGACAGGGAUAUUCUGUAUUACGAGAGCGUUAAGAAAAGUGGGUGGAAAGGUGAAGUUGAACUGUUCGAUGCUGGCGAUGAGGCGCAUGCUUUCCAGAUGUUCAAGCCUGAAACUGAUCUUGCUAAGGCAAUGAUCAAACGCUUGGCUUCUUUUCUUGUAUGACUGUUCUUCUCCCAUCAUCAUCACUUCAAAUUAAUUAAGCAAAUAAUGACAUUCGGCAUCUUACAAAGAUUCUAUUUCUCGCAAAGGAUUCAGUAUGGUAUGGGUUGGCUGUUGGCAUAUUUUUGGUGAAAAAUAAAAAAAAAAAGGGUGGGAUGACUUGUCUUCUAUACUCAGUUUGAGAAUGAAUUUUAUGUUACUGUUUUUGCAUCAUUUAUUUACGCGUUCGUAACUUUGUUCUCUGUAAUAAUACAAAUGGAAUAAUAAUCUCUUGUUUGCCGACAAAUUA